GUGGGCGGUGCCCGACGCAUGCGCGGAGGCGGCGUCUGGGGGCAGUCGGGGGCUCAGGUGCGCCCGGAUGGCGGCGGCGGGCGGCGGUGGCGGCGGCGGCGGCUCCGGCUCCGCGUCCGGGUCGAGGAAGCCGGGCUCCCCGCGGGACUCGGAGUCGGAGGUGUGGUCCCGCCGCGUGCGGGAGCUGGUGAGCGCGGAGCCGGCCAGCCGCCUGUGCUUCGAGUGCGGGCAGCGCGGCGUCACCUACGUGGACAUCACCAUCGGCAGCUUCGUCUGCACCGCCUGCUCGGGGCUCCUCCGUGGCCUGAAUCCCCCUCACCGGGUGAAGUCCAUCUCCAUGACCACCUUCACAGAGGGCGAGGUCCAGUUCCUCCAGUCCCGUGGAAACGAGGCCUGCCGGAAGAUCUGGUUGGGCUCUUUUGACUCGCGGUCGUCCCUGCUGCCAGAUUCUCAGGACCCUCAGAAAGUGAAGGAGUUUCUGCAGGAGAAAUACGAGAAGAAGCGAUGGUAUGUGUCGCCUGACCAAGCCAAAAGCCUGGCCGCUCCGAGUGCCCAGGGCUCCCCUGCAGAAGCCAAGAUGGGCACCAAGGCCCCCCAGGUGUCCGAGAAGGCCCCAGCACUGCCCGCCCAGCCAGUCAAGAAGGCCAGCACAGACCUCCUGGCGGACAUAGGGGGGGACCCCUUUGCAGCCCCCCCACCCAGGCCUGCCUUCUCUGCCUUUGGAGGCCCAGUAGCGGCUCACCCCGCCUUCCCCAGCUUCGAUGCCUUUGGAGGAGGCCCAUCAGUGUCGACUUUUGGGGACCCCUUGGCCUCCAGCCAGAGCCCUUUCCAGAGUCACCCGAUCACUGCAGGUGGUGCCCAUGUGGGAGCCUUCCCCGCCUCCCCCGCCAGCCAGCCGGGAGUGGGCAUCCCGAGCCUGGGCGGAGCCUUCCGCAUGGGAGGGGUGCCAAGCAGCGUCUUCGGACCCCUCAGCCAGUCCCCCGUUCUGCCCCCCUCCAGCCCCGCUGCGGUCUUCGGGGUUCCCACCUGCACCAACCCCUUUGCCAGUCCGGUGGUCUCCCAGCCCACCCUUCCGUCCACCAACCCCUUCCAGACCAACGGCUUCACCCAAGGCACCUUCAUGGUCGGCUCCCCCAGCAGCUUCUCGGCCUCUCCCCUCUCCGCCACUUUCGCUUCCCCACUGCAGCAGGAGCCGCUGUUCUUCCCCACCCAAGGAGUCGUGGGUCAACAGCACAACGGGGGGUCGCCCUUCAGUGGCUUUCCUGCCACCCGAGACGGACCGAGGCCACUUGGACUCCCUGCCGGCUACUCCACCAACCCUUUUGUGAAUCCGAUGGCCGCAGCACCUUCGCCUCCCUUCGCCCAGGCAAAGCAUCCCCCCACCAACCCUUUCUCCUAGCACCCUCCGGCCUCCAGAGCAGAUGUAGACCCUCAGCCGGGGUGGGGUGGGGGAGCUCUCAUCUGCACAGCAGGGCCUCCGUCCCCAGGAACAAUGGGGGCCCUGCCUUGGAGGAACGGGUCACGUGGGCAGCCGGGG